GCUGGCGCCAUGUUGCCUUUCACGGCGUUGCCUGCUCUGCCGCUGAAUCGUCCCGACAGCGCGCGGGGACACGGCACGCCGCGGGAAGUGCAGCGCCUACCCUUGGGAGAAAUCCGCCGUGAGGAGACCAUGAGCCCAGUGGCCAGCCCCCAUGAGCUCGCCGGAAGUUCGGCCGUGUCCAGUAGUGAGGCUUGGACGUCGCGCACGUCUCCUGGGGACAGCGCGCGCAGCGCGCUGAACGCCUGGCCCCGAAACGGUGAAACGGCCAAGAUGGGAGGUUACAGCGGAGGUUAUGGAGUCGUCCCGGGCCCCCAACUGAUGGAUGUGCAACGGCAUCUGGAGGUGAUCCGCUUCACGGUCUUGCGCGAACAUGCCAAGAUGCGCGAGAGAGCCACGCAGGCCAAAGAACAGCUUGCAGCGCUUCGAGUUUUCGAUGAGAUCAUUCUGGAAGUAGAUGAUUGCUGUCUCAGCGAUGAGGAGUAUUGCUUCACCCAGCAGCAGCGAUUGGCAGCAUAUCCGCAGAUUCUCUGGACCUUGACAUUGACGUGUCCCUCAAAGGCAGAAGGAAGCAGCACCAGCUGCGAGUUUCGGCUGCUGGUCGAGAAAACGGACACCAUCAGCCCCAGCAGCAUUGAGUUCCUGGUCUCUGUGGUGGUCCGCGCGGACAACGUGGAGCUUGGCCCUGAAACCUGGAGCAAGCUGCGCUUUGACCAGGAGUUGUGGCAUGGUUGCGUCGUUUGGAAAGCGCCCAUGCCAGACCGGGCGGUAGCUUUGCGCUGCCACGUCGAAGUGGAGGCUCUGCCACAGCUCGUCUCGAGCGAAAAUGGCACCGUGGCGCUGCAGGGCGGCGCUUGGGUCACGGCUGAAGCGAAAAUGGCGCGACAACGGCGGAGACGCUUUUUGAUGUGGUAA